UACUCGAUCUCGGUCCGAUUUUCACUGCGCUCAGCGCUUAAGUCACAUGGGUAGUCUACCUUAGACAGUGGCUGUGGCACGUUCCACCUACUAACUAACUCCAAGCAGUACCGCUAUCAUUCACUGUCAAAGCACGUUGGAGUCGGUCAAUUGGACCACGACGCUUCAGCCAGAGAUGGCUUCGAAGGUAACUCGACUCAGAGCCCUUGCGCUUUAUAAGGAACUCCACCGACUGGGCAGAGAUUAUGAACCUUCAUAUGACUUCCAUGGGAAGCUUAGACGCUUGUUCGAAAAAAACCGGAACCUCACUGAUGACGAGGAAAUAGAGAAGGCGCUCAGAUUUGGAGAAUAUAUCAAGAACGAAACCCUUGCCUUGUACUCGCUCCGCAAGUAUCGACACCUGAAGCGCAUGUAUCCUUCAAACUCUACGUCUGAUACUUGACAGAUCGUUAUCACCUCUUGGCGUCGGCCGAAAUCAUUCCUCUAUUUCAUGGCAACAGAUGUUGGAAGAGGAGUCUUGAAAAAUAAACUGCCACGCCUAAUCAUUGCUGCGUUGACAGCUUCAUGAAUCAUCGUUAUCUGCUAUCGUAUCGCUCCAGCAGCUGUAUGGCUGACUGAACCAUGCAAUCUUGACUUAUCCACUGGACUUGUUAAGCCGACAACGUUCACUGAACGUGUUCAGAAACUGCGCAAUGCAUUUCGAGCAACAGGUUACUACAGGUGGAAUUCUGUAAUCCAAUCAAGAGCAGAACGCAAGGCCAAGCCGCUAGCAUAGAAUU